AAACUAGCUCUAAAAUAAUGACCGAGCUCGAGUGCCGAGUGGCAGCUUGCGGGAGGACAAUGAUGGAUGGCAUGUUUCGUCCUGCUGUGCAUUUGCAGAUUUCAAAGGAGUUCACUGGACGGGAACCUAUAAAUGUGUCCGCUUCUCUUCCCCACGCCCGGUCUUGUCGCUUUAUCGCCAACCUGUGGCCAUGGACGUUCCAGCACGCACCACCACCACGGCACCACCACCCUGCCCCCCUCCUCCUGCUCAAACCCACCCCCUCUCGCUCGCCUCCCCGCCACUCCCCUCCCGUCCCUAUGGCGGCCGUUACCACAGCCACUGCCGCCGCGUCCUCCUCCUCCUUCCUCCACCGCCGAAGCCCCGCCUGCCUGCGCGCCACGCUCCGCGCCGCGCCGCGGCACUGCCGCAACUCCAGCUCCAGGCUCGCCUGCCGCGCCGCCGAGGUGUCCGGGGCCGAGUCGUCCUCGGCCGCGGCGGAGGGCGCGGGAGGAGGCGGGGGCGCGUCGUGGGUGCCCGUGGUGCCGCUCGCCGCGCUGCCGCGCGGAGAGCGCCGCGUGAUCGUGCAGGACGGGGAGGAGAUCCUGCUGCUCUGGUACAAGAACCAGGUCUUCGCCAUCGAGAACCGGUCGCCAGCGGAGGGCGCCUACACCGAGGGCCUCCUCAACGCCAAGCUCACGCAGGACGGGUGCAUUGUUUGUCCAUCAACAGACAGCACAUUUGACCUUCGCACCGGGGAGAUAAAAGAAUGGUAUCCGAAAAACCCUGUCCUACGGGCUCUUACGCCAGCCUUGAGGAAACUAUUCACCUACCGCGUGAAAACAGACGAAGAAAACAUAUACAUCAGCUUCAGCGGAGCCGACGGUGCGGGGUCAGCGGAGAUUAUAUUCAGCGGGAAAGCUCAGCCUGGUGUGACUGCAUCGGAUGUCAAUGUGGAAGAGGUGAGGAUGGUCGUCGACGAGGAUGUCGGAGGCUUCGGCUUCACCAGUGACAACGAGCUGAUCAACGGAAAAGCCGCCAUAAUCGGCUUCCUCCUGCUGAUCGAUUUCGAGCUUCUAACUGGCAAGGGCCUUCUCAAGGGGACGGGGUUCUUGGACUUCAUCUACGCAGUUUCGGGAGCUUUCAACUGAGAGUCAUAUGUGUGUUUGUUGUUCGUUCCUUGGUAUCAAGAAUGCCAUCGAGGUGUACUUGACUACCCUUAGAAGCCUAGGUUUUGUCAGCGUGCGAUUCAGUCAGCUGUGCUUGUAUUUGAACAUCACCAUGCUUGUCUGUGAAGUGAGGAAGGGAC